CUUAGAUUUCUAUUAUUACUUAAUAUUACUUAUUAGUUAAUAAUUAGUGUCAUAACAUUUUACAACUUUUCAAUUUUUCAAGGUUUAACAUUUUAUUAAAAUAAUAUAAUAUAGCAAAUAAUUAUUUAUCUUUAUGCGUCUUUUAUAAAGUGUAUUUUUGUUUUAAAAUUUUCUUACAUUGUUACCAUUUAUAUUCACUAACAUAAUUACAGUUACCAUUUUUAAAUAUCAACAUGUCGGAAGCAAAAGUUAACAGUGAAGACAUAGAAAUUGUAUUUCAACGUCUUAGAGCAUUGCCAGUCAAUAAAACAUGUUUUGACUGUAAUUCAAAAAAUCCAACAUGGUCAAGUAUAACAUACGGUGUGUUUAUUUGUUUGGAUUGUUCUGCAGUACAUAGAAGCUUAGGAGUUCAUUUGACUUUUGUAAGGUCUACUCAACUAGACACAAAUUGGACAUGGUUGCAAAUGCGACAAAUGCAAUUGGGCGGAAAUUCAAAUGCUACAGUUUUCUUCAGGCAACAUAAUUGCAUCUCUAAAGAUGCACAACAGAAAUAUAAUUCCAGAGCUGCUCAAUUAUAUAGAGAUAAACUCUUACAAAGUGCUAAACAAGCAAUGAAAACCUAUGGAACACAGUUAUUUUUAGACCAAUCGCACGAAACAAUUGAAGUGAAACCAAUAGAUUUUUUUGAACAACAUACAACUAAUGUUAAUUCGAGUAAUGACAACUUUUUAAGUAACAAUUUUAUGUCCUUUAAACAAGAUAAUGGUGAUACAACACUUGAAGGAGGUACUAAAAUCUUAAAUGAUGCAGCACAAAAAUCAAUAGAUCAUAAAACUUUAUUAGGUGGUCGUCAAGCACAUAGUAAAAGAUCUGGUUUGGGAGGAAAAAGAUUAGGUAUGGGUGCUCAGAAAGUACAUGCUAAUUUUGCUGAUAUAGAAAAAGAAGCAGAAUUAGCUGAUAAAAUGAAAUUUAGCGAACCAGAAAAAACAGUAAAUGUAGAAAAAUCUAAUGAAGACCAAGAAACUCAGAUGUCAUCAAUGAGGUUAGCUUAUCAUGAUUUGAGUUUAAAAAAGAGUAAAGAAGAGGAAAAAUUAAAACAAGUUGAUCCUAAAAAAGCUGCUCAAUUAGAAAGACUUGGUAUGGGAUUUACUUCAAAAAAUAUUGUUAGUCAUUCAGCGUUAAAUGAUAUGACGACACUAGAUAAAGAAGUAAAAAAACAAACUACAUUAGACCAUAAUGAAGAUCAAUUUUAUGAUUGUUUUGAUGAAGACAAAACUCCUGAAAUGAUUUUAAAAAUGAUGAACAAAAAUCGUCAAAUUACCAGUGAUGAUUUUUUGGACUUUGAUGAUUCUAUUAAAAGUUUAAAAUUAUCAUAUACGCCUUCCACUAUUGAUGUCAUAAAAAAUGACUGGGAUAAUAUAAAACCAGCGAAAAAAGUAAACAAAGAAGCUGAAAAUGAUAAUUGGGACUCUUUUUAUGAAAACUCUAAUAGAAGACAAGGUAGAAAUAAUAGAUCAACAAAUUUAGUGUCAAAACCCGCAGAAAAUAAUGAAGCUUUUAAAAAAUUUGGUGGAGCUAAAUCAAUAUCAUCUACUCAAUAUUUUGGUGAUAGUCAAACACAAGGUGAGAAAUCAAAUCUUUCACGUUUCGAAGGAAGUGAUAGUAUUUCAUCUGCUGAACUAUUUGGCAGAGAAGAAAUGACAGGUGUCAAUUCUACAUACCAACCACCAGAUUUAGAUGAUGUUAAAGAAAGCGUUAAACAAGGUGUAACAAAAGUAGCUGGUAAAUUAUCGUCUUUGGCUAAUGGCAUGAUGUCAUCAUUUCAGGAAAAAUAUGGAGGUUAUUAAAAUUGUUGAUCCAGCGCAUACAAUAAGAUAUAUCUAAUAAAUUAUAUUAUAGUAUCAGUUUUAUAUAGAAACAUUUUGUAAAUAAUUAUUUCAUAUUAUUGUAUAAGUAAUUGAAUCAGUUUAUUACAUUGUUACAGUAAACUAUAAAGGUAGUAUACUCAUGUAUAAAAUGUGUAAAUAAAGUGUUAGAAAGUUAA